GUGCACAUGUGGACUGAUCCUCAUUCCAGACCCAGCGACAGAAGAGAGAACAUCAGCUCCACAGGUUCCUCAUGCUGACGAGCACAUCAUCAUCAUCAUCAUCGUCAUCAUCAGACUGUGCUGCUGUGACACCAUGGACUUUUUAGAUCACGGCUUCCUGGGCACACGCUCGCCCUAUGAUUACACUUUUAAUUUUUGGAACGACUACCUCGGCCUGUCCACACUUGUCGCCAAAACCAAGAUCCACAGUUCGCCCUUCAGCCCCAACUCUAUCACAGAGUCCCUGAAGGCGACGCUGGGCUUGGAGGACGAUGCCCCGGAUUGCUCGUGCGUAAUUGGGCACGGCAGGGACAGCGACGCGCACUCGGACUGCUGCUGCGCGGCCGCAGCCUCUCCGCAGAUCUCCAUCUACGAUCUGAAGGAGCGCAUCUCGCUCAUCCAGCCCUACGAGCACCUGAGCGGAGAUUCUCCCUCCUGCGGAGGCAGCUUCGCGGGCCUGGACCUGCUCUCCAUGGAGACGCGGCGCAAACAGACUCAGAGGUGUAAACCGGAGCCCAAGGUGUGCGUCUUCUGUCGGAAUAACGGCGCACCGGAGGAAGUUUACGGCACUCACAUCCUGAAGACAGCGGAGGGCAGAGUGCUGUGUCCGAUCCUGCGCGCAUACACCUGCCCGCUCUGCAGCGCCAACGGCGACCAUGCGCACACCAUCAAAUACUGCCCGCUGUCCAAGGAGCAGCCGGGCCACAGGGUGGCGAGGGGGGGGCCCGGGGGGGGCAGGGUCAUCGGGAAGAGGCUGAAAAUCUUCUAACACAACAAAACAACAAAGACCACACGAUCCAUUUUGAGUUGCACUGCGUGUGCACGCGCGCGCGCGGCAUAAAUGUUGCCCCAAUUCAUGCACAAGACAAAUCUGAGAUAGAAAGAGAGAGAAAAGAAAAAAAAAGAAACACUGGCUCACAGACCAUAAUAUCUGCCUGCUUGUCAGGCCUGUGUGUGUGUGUGUGUGUGUGUGUGUGUGAGCAGUGAUCUGCUCUGAUCCACAGGUUGUGUCCCAAAAACUGACGUCAGCACAGAACAGAUGAGCAGGUUUUUCAUAUUCUAACUGUGAAAGAGUGAUUGAGGGGAAAGAGUUCAGGAGUUAGAACUAAAGAAAGUUCACUGUUCACUGAUUGAAAUAAAUGCAUGAAAUUGUCAGAAUAAUUCCACAGUGGAAAAGCACUUCAUUCACACACACACGCAUCUUUAAGGCCAGCAGAGUCAGUUUAACGUUCAUUUGUAAUGUGGUUUUUUUAGUUGCAUUUGGACGCAUUGUGCACAACAUACAGAACAUAUAUCAUUUCAACUUUGCCCAAACAGCAGAACAGAAAUCUCCAAUCCAUUCAUCAGAGUGUUUUCAUGAUUUACUUGUUUACAGCUACUUAACUGUGAAUAUGUUCUGGUUUCUUUGCUUCACAGAACAAAGAAAUCAUUUAAACUGAAGCAUUUUUGGUUUGUGGUUUGAGAAAAUCAUCACUUUCUGACAUUUAUACACAGUUACUCAGUUCAUGGAGAAAAUGAUCACCAGAUAAAUGGAUUAUGAGAAUAAUGCGUGUAACUAUGUGCACAUAAUGAACUAUAUUAUAGUUGACAUGUGAAGCCCAGCACUCUGAGGACUUGAAUGCUGUCAUCUCAGCUGCUCUGAGCUUCAGUGAAGACGCAGCGGUCCUGAUGCGAGCUGAAUGUUUCACAGACUCUGGAGCACAUCGUCGUUGCUGUUCUUUUCUUUUUCUCUUGAGAUGAAAUAUUUUCUACCAAAGAAAUUCACUUUUGUAUUUAGCCUAAAGGUCAUUUCAGUACGUUUAUAUCUGUUGGAUGUCUUAUAUUCUUUAGUCUAUCAAUGUGAUUUUAGUACUUUGCAGAUUUGAACUGAAUGUAAACAUUAGAUGAAGCUCUGUUGAUGUUCUUCUGAUCUGUCACAGGUUCAUAUGUAACUGCAGUUCUUGUAUAAAGUUUUAGAAAACAUUCCAAAGUCUUUAUCUGUCAAUAAAAAUGUUUUAUGUACUUAUUUUUACCUGAUGUAUCAAAUAUCUUCACUGUAAAUAACCUCUGAAUAAACAACUCCUUUUCUGUA